GUAUAAAUACAUUUCGUCUCCGCUUCAGACGCGUCUCGCACCAAGCACUUCAGGAGAAGCUACAGACACCGUGGACUGUCGCACUGUACAUCAUGGCACUCAAGAAAGUAUGCAUCAUUGGCUCUGGCAACUGGGGCUCUGCCAUUGCCAAGAUUGUAGGCGCCAAUGCAGGAAAGCUUGACGUGUUCGACACGACAGUGAACAUGUGGGUAUUUGAGGAGACGGUGAACGGACGUAAACUCACAGAGAUCAUCAAUACAGACCAUGAGAAUGUCAAGUACCUGCCCGGACACAAGCUUCCCCCAAACAUCGUGGCUGUUCCAGAGGUGACGGAUGCUGUGAAGGGAGCAGACAUCUUGAUCUUUGUUAUUCCACACCAGUUCAUCAACAGAAUCUGUGACACCAUCAAAGAACACAUCAAGAAGGAUGCUGUGGGCAUGUCUCUUAUCAAGGGUGUGGAUGAGGGUCCCGAGGGGUUGAAGCUGAUCUCUGAAGUCAUCAGAGAGAAGCUGGGCGUCACCAUGACAGUACUGAUGGGAGCUAACAUAGCCAACGAAGUGGCGGAGGAGAAAUUCUGCGAAACAACAAUCGGGUGCAAGAACAAAGAGUGGGGCCCCAUCCUGAAACAACUGAUGCAGACCACUAACUUCAGAGUUACCGUGGUGGAGGAAGCUGAUGUGGUAGAGAUCUGUGGCGCUCUCAAGAACAUAGUGGCGGUGGGAGCAGGGUUCUGUGACGGCCUGGGCUUCGGUGAUAACACCAAGGCAGCGGUGAUCAGACUGGGACUGAUGGAGAUGAUCGCCUUCGCCCGGAUAUUCUGCACCGCUGGACCCGUCUCCCCCGUCACUUUCCUGGAGAGCUGUGGCGUCGCCGACCUCAUCACAACUUGCUACGGCGGACGCAACCGUAAGAUCGCAGAGGCCUUCGCCAAAACCGGAAAGACUAUUGAGGAGUUGGAGAAGGAGAUGUUGAAUGGUCAGAAGCUACAGGGUCCAGCCACUGCAGCUGAAGUCAACCACAUUCUGAAGAAGAAGGGCCUGGUGGACAAGUUCCCCUUGUUCAAUGCUGUCAACCAGAUCUGUUUCCACGGACACCCCGUCAAAGAGUUCAUCACCUGUUUGCAGAACCACCCUGAACACAUGUAACUGACUGAAGGAUGCUGGGACGCUUUAAAUGUUGGAACCAGCCGGAGGAAGCGAGGCUGACGAGGAGCGGGUUGGACGAUGAUUCCACCUCAUCUAACUGUCUAAAUACUAAGACAUGCGGAGCGGACAACAAAAAACCUCAGAAAGAAAACUUCUCAGUCAAACCUACCUCUGGUUCUGGCCUGCUGUAAUAUGCCACUACAAUAUCAUCAAAAAUACCCCUUGUUCCGACUGAUUCUUAAGUUGUUAUUGGUGAUGUUGCCACUAGGUAAUGUGUCAGAUUUUCCAAAAUACAUUUUGUUUAGAAGAAUGUCCCUUGGCCUUAAACAGGUGAAUUGUUUUCUGGGAGGGGAAGGGUGUGUCUUUAGUUGUCUUUUUUUUUUUAAUUACACAUGAGUGGCAGCAGCUAUUUUGUGUAAGUUGCGUUUUUCAUAGUCGGCAAUCCCACACAAAAAACACAUGAAAGAAGUGCCUUAAUAUACCUUUUGACCCAGUCACUGGUAAAUAUUUGUCUUGCAAACAGAUUUUAUUACCUUGUUAUGUUUAACAAAGGACUUGAAUAAACAACCGUUGUUCACUGCUUA